CUGUAUAUUAUGGUGCUGCUCUCCAGCCCCAGCUGAUGAAAGUUUGUCUCCUUCAGUCUGGGCUAAGAUGUCAAAGCGUCUCCAUGCAGAGCAGCAGCGCUUCCCUCCUCUGCACCCCCUGGCCCAGAUUUUCAUGCUGCUGCUGAGCCUUAGCUGGCUCUUUUUAGCAUCAUCCAGAACUCAAGGAGACCCUGUGGAUGGUAAAUUGCAGUCCUCAAGACAACAGGUGCCAAAGGACCAGUCAAAAGAUUAUGAAAUAAUAAUUCCCCACCUUUUGAAUGGAGAACAGUGGAGACCAAUAAAUGGCAUUUAUUCAAAGAAUCACCCAGCACUGCUGCAGUUUGCAAUACAAGCUGAAAGUGAACAUCUAGUCAUCAAUCUGGAGCGAAAUGAGGGCCUGCUAACCAGCAGCUUCACAGAAACACACUAUUUGAAAGACGGCACUGACGUGGUUCUCGUGCGCAAUUACACGGGUCACUGCUAUUACCAUGGCAAUGUACAAGGGUACCCUGAUUCUUCAGUCAGUCUCAGUACCUGCUCUGGCCUCAGGGGAAUUAUUGCAUUUGAAAAUAAAAGCUACAUUCUGGAGCCAUUAGAAGGUGCUGCAAGUGAACACAAGAUCUACCGAUCAGAGAACUUGAAAAUUGCCCCAGGAUCUUGUGGCCACCAUUUCAACUUUUCUGCCGUGAGGGCUGAUGACACACGACACCAUUCUCGAGCAUUUGCUGGCAGGUACAAGAGGGAGACUCUGAAGACAACAAAGUAUGUGGAGCUUGUUAUUGUGGCAGAUAAUCGCGAGUUUCAGAGACAAGGCAAGGACGUAGAAAAAAUUAAGCAGAGGCUGAUAGAAAUUGCAAACUAUGUUGAUAAGUUCUAUAGGCCGCUAAAUAUUCGAGUAGCCCUAGUUGGCGUGGAAGUAUGGAACGACAUGGAUAAAUGCUCUAUUUCUCAAGACCCUUUCACUAGCCUCCAUGAAUUUCUGGACUGGAGAAAACUAAAACUACUACCUCGUAAACCCCAUGACAAUGCACAACUAAUAAGUGGGGUGUAUUUCCAAGGGACUACCAUUGGCAUGGCGCCCAUAAUGAGCAUGUGCACUGCGGAGCAGUCUGGCGGAGUUGUCAUGGAUCAUUCAGAAAACCCUCUAGGUGCAGCAGUUACCCUGGCUCACGAACUGGGUCACAAUUUUGGAAUGAAUCAUGAUACAUUGGAGAGGGGCUGCAACUGCAAAGCAUCUGCAGAGAAAGGGGGUUGCAUCAUGAAUCCCUCUACUGGCUAUCCAUUUCCCAUGGUAUUCAGUAGCUGCAGUAGAAAGGACCUGGAAAACAGCCUGGAAAAAGGAGUGGGAAUGUGUCUAUUUAACUUGCCUGAAGUCAAGGAGUCAUUUGGUGGACAGAAGUGUGGGAAUGGCUAUGUGGAAGACGGAGAGGAAUGUGACUGUGGGGAACCUGACGAAUGUACCAACCAGUGCUGUAAUGCAACUACCUGCACUUUGAAGCCAGGAGCAGUAUGUGCGCAUGGACUUUGCUGUGAAGAUUGCCAGUUAAAACCGGCAGGGAUUUCUUGCAGAGAGUCAAGUAAUUCCUGUGAUCUGCCAGAGUUCUGCACUGGCGCCAGCCCUCACUGCCCAGCUAACGUCUAUUUGCACGAUGGACAUGCUUGCCACAGAGUGGAUGGCUACUGCUACAACGGCAUAUGCCAGACCCAUGAACAGCAGUGUAUCACGCUCUGGGGCCAAGGUGCGAAACCUGCUCCUGGGAUCUGUUUUGAGAGAGUGAAUUCUGCAGGUGAUCCUUACGGCAACUGUGGCAAAGACUCCAAGAGCUCCUUCGCUAAAUGUGAACCCAGAGAUGCUAAAUGUGGAAAAAUUCAGUGUCAAGGAGGAGCAAAUCGACCUGUAAUUGGUACCAAUGCUGUUUCCAUAGAAACUAACAUCCCACUUCAGGAAGGUGGAAAGAUUCUGUGCCGUGGUACCCAUGUAUACUUGGGAGAUGAUAUGCCAGAUCCUGGUCUUGUGCUGUCAGGAACCAAGUGCGCAGAUGGAAAAAUUUGUCUUAAUCGCCGAUGUCAGAAUACGAGUGUUUUUGGUGUGCAUAAAUGUGUAACAAAGUGCCAUGGACGUGGAGUCUGCAACAAUAAAAAAAACUGUCACUGUGAAGCUGACUGGGCCCCCCCAUACUGUGACAAUCCAGGGUUCGGUGGCAGCAUGGACAGUGGACCAAUUAGGCAAGCAGAUAAUAAGAGUUUAACGAUAGGAGUGCUGAUAACGAUUCUGUGCCUUAUUUUGGCUGGGUCAAUCAUGUAUCUGAAAAGGAAGACGUUCAUGAGAUUGCUGUUUACAAGUAAAAAGACAACAAUAGAGAAACUAAGGUCUGUGAGUCCAGCAAGACCUUCCAAUUCAUCUGAGCCUAAUCAUGUUCAUUCCACAUCUCUCAGUAAAAAUCUGAUCGUGAAGCCACAAAAUACAACCAUACAAAAGAGAGACGGCCCAAGAAGAUUGCUGCCGUACCAGAUCACUGACAUUAGUAACCCUGUGAAGACGCAGGAUCUGCCGCAAUUAAAAACUCCACAGCGAGUCCUACCGCCCCUGCCCCAGCUGCCGUGUCAUCCGACUGUGCCUGAAAGGCCCUUGCCAGCUAACCCUUCGCUUCGGUUUGCCCAGGAAAGCCACAAACCAAACCCUCCUCGGAAGCCUUUACCUGCAGAUCCUCUGAACAAAACUCGUUACAACAGCGUAUGCACACCAGCGCCUGGACAGACAAAAGCUCUGCCUCAGAUUACUCCAGUAAGGCCUGCUCCUAAGCAUCCCCCACAGGUACACAGGUCUAGCAACACUGCUGACGUGAAAUGAGUAGGAGAUCUGACACCUUUAUUUUAAAAAGUGAAGACAGAUGUUUGCACUACCUUUAAACUCCAGCUGGAGUUCAUUUGUAUGACAAUACUUAGAAUUUUUAAUGUUUAAAACAGCAUAAUUUUUAAGAAUUCUGAGCUACUGCCUUUGGUGCUGUGCUGUGCUAUGG